CCGAGCAAAGUUCCCGCCUGCUAGCAUCUCUGCACUGCGUCUAGAGAGUGCCACUCUGUGUCCGCAGCCGCGAGGGCCACUCGAGCGCUGGCCUGCACUCCCAUCGGGGACGCCACCUUCAACCGCUUCUGGACUCUCUGCAGGAAUUCAUUCGAUCAACAUGCUCAAACUCGAGUUCGUGCCGGCCGCCGGUGACAAGCUCUUGCUCAAGCUCUCUCCUCCGCCGCCGCUUGCUGACAAGCAGGCGUCUCUGGCGGACAACACGACUGUCAUCGACUCUGGUGGCGGAGGCAACGCCGUCGGCAUCCCCUCCGAGCCCGUCUCGCUCAAGGAUGGCAUCGAUACCGGCACCGGCGGCACCGGCACCGCCAGCACCGGCACCGGCAACGGCCCGCCCGAGGGCGAGCCCGGCCCGCUCAAGGACGGCAUUGACGCGGGCGGCGGCAACGUCGCGGGCGAGUUGUCGCCGAUAAAGUCCUUCGCGAAGGUCGGAAUCGUGCCGGCUGACGACGGCCGCAUCACGCUCGUCAUCUCCGCGUCGGUGUCGCAUUCGCUCCUCGGAGCCAAGGCGUGCGGCGUCAAGAACGUCAACAUCUCCGUGGCAAAGUCUGGCCCGGACGGCGUCCUCAAGAAGGAAACGGCCGCGGAAAAGGCGCCCGCCGCGGGCGCGGUCGACUCGGACAAGGCCAAGGCCAUGUUCGCCGCCCACGGGCCGAGCCCCGCUGUUUUCUGGUCCAAGUUUACGCGCCCGACCGGGCCACCGACGGCCCCCACCGGCGCCGUCAAGGGUGCCCUCAAGAAGGACAUCCCUGCGGCAGAGUCUGGCGCGGAGGUCUCCUUUGACGAGACCGGCGUCAUCAAGAUCGACCCGGCGCUCAAGCCGGCCACCAAGGGCGACGCCGACUGGAACGAUUCGACCAAGGAGUUUCCAGAGGAGACGGCCGCCCCGGCGGGCAUCGACGAGUGGAAGACCCCCUCCCCGCUCCGCAAGAUCGAGCGCAAGGGCGAGCCCAACCUGAUCGACCGCUCCAAGAAGACCACCAAGAACCUCACCCCGAUCGGCCGCGUCGACUCCAACGGGUUCGCGGCCCUGCUCGGAACGGACCUCGACGAGGAAGACCUCGCUGACGUCGGCUCCGGCAACGCGUUCGACGACGAGGAAGACCUCGCUGGCGUCGGCUCCGGUGACGCGUCUGUCGGCGACGCCCCGCCGACGUCGACCACAAACUCGGGCGCGACGGCCAACCCCAAGACGAACACGAUUACCACGCAGAAGGGCUCCGUCUCCGCCUUCGGCUGGCUCUCGUGGCCCAAGCUCUGCUGGCACAACGUGCUCUGCACCGUCUUCAUCUGCCUCAUCGCGGCGAGUGCGAGCGGCGUGGCGUUCGCCUACUUCUCGCACGUCGGCUCUGACAGCCUUCUCCCUUCGAUUGUCGUGCCCGACGCGACGGCGCUCCCGACUGAGCGUGGGCCGUUGUUUGCUCCAUUCAACCCCACGCCGGUCGUACCCGAGCCGCCGGACGUGGUUGAAGACCCCGCCUGGCUCAUCGCCACCUCCGGCUUCUGCUCGAACCUCAACGUUGUCAUGAACGAGCGCGACGUCAAGGGCAAAAUGACGGCUGGCGACAGGGACGGGCACUUUGUCGCGGACAUCUCGUUCAACUACUACCCGCAGACGGCGAUCAAGUUCACUGACACUCCGUACCACAUGGCGAAUACCAUCGAGGGCGACCAGACUGAGGCGGACGCCCUGGUGUCACCCGCGUGGGACCACAAGAACAUCGCGCUGCUUGAGCCAACAUCCUCGUGCAGCGCCGACGAGGAGGGCCGGAGCAACCAAUCGUGGGCCAUCUCCGUCUUCAAGGUGGAGGAGCACCGCGCCUGCAACGAUGGUGAGACGGCGUGGUCUGGCCAUCCAUGCGUGCACUACACCGGCUACGUCUCGGCGGAGUCGCCCAACUUUGUCAAUGUCAACACGGAGCGAUUCGUGUGCCAGCUGUUUGUCGACUCGGAUGGGAGCUCCCCUCCACCCAAAGUGUCGUCGGGCCCGACGACGACUUCUGAAGAUACUUGCGCACCAGACACGAGCGCCGCAGACACCAACACGAUUUUGAAACAUUCGAGCGACAUCAUGCAGAAGCGCGAGAUGCUCACCAUCGACCAAUUCCUUCGCGGAUACACCUCCUCGAACGAAGAUCUGCUCCACAUCUCUGCCUACCAGUUCCAGCUUGGUGAGGACAUCGACACGGGGGAAGGCGUCGUGGUCACCACGGAACCGACUGCCAAUCUCUUUGAUCGCGACAGAGUCGCCUCACUCCUCGGUGUGAGCACGUCAUCCGCCUACAGUUCGACAAAGACGAUUUCAGGCGACUCCAUCGCAGAGUUCUCGAGCCAGUUCGCCGCUUCUGCUUCCGUCGGAGGAUCAGCCUGGGGCGUGUCCGCGUCAGCAUCAGCGUCAUUCAGCUCGUCGUCCAGCGGCUCGAGCAAGAUGUCUUACGCUCAGCUUCGCUCCAUGCAGGUUGUUGGCGUGGUUACCGUGCACCCUGGCGGGGAUCAGAGAGCCUACGACGCGGCUCUAGCUGCUAACACCCGCACCGAGCUUGAGGCAGUCCUCGAUUCGACGAAGGCAGAGGAGUUCGUGAAGAAGUACGGCUUGUACUUUAUCACGUCUGCAACCUACGGCGGGCUCUUCACCAUGACCAAGUCUGCGGAGACCACUUCAGCGACCUCGGCAGAGUCAUUGUCGGCGGAGCUGUCGUUCUCAUACGGGGUGGCGUCAGGUUCCGCCACGGCGUCGGAUGACACAAGCAAUUCUGACGAAAGCUCGAGCUCACAAGCGAAAGUGAAAUGCUACGGCGGGGAGCUGGGGAAAUGCUCCCUUGAAAAUUACAGUGACUGGGCGGCAAGUGUGGUCGAUCACCCUGACGUUGUGGACUACACGAUCACACCUAUCUACAAACUGAUUGAUCCCGGCGACACAAAGCGUCAGCUGCUUAAAGCAGCCUUCCACAGUGUGGAGGUGAAGCUUCUGGGCGGAAUGCAAGCGCAAUGGAUCAAGGAAGAUCGGGUGGCGUCUGCAAGCACAGUUGAUCUGCAGACCGUUGUCAUCAAGAGCGUGAGCAGCAACAGGUUCUGCCGGCUCAACCGCAACGAAAUUAGACAAAUUGAGCGGCCUCGCGUUUGGAAGAAAAUUAUUGCGGACUACACCAUAAUAUGCGACGGGAGCGCAAAGUACACCGGAAAGUACCUCCAGGAUCGUUUCAGCAACCAGGAGACGCGCACCUCGUUCCUCGCGUUUGUCUUCUCCCUCGUGCCGAGCGAGAGAAGGGGGGAAUUCACCUUGCAGGCGUGGGCGCUGAACGACCGCAGCACGUACGCUGACGGAACUACGCUCCCCAACCAGGAAUUUGCCAUACCCCACAAGUGCGGGAUGGCGGACUCGUCGAGCGAAAUCGUCUGCUCGCCCUCCGCGGACUCGUCGGGCAACCUUGUCGUCGAGGACAUAACUGUCAAAAUUCCUCGCCCGAUCACAGAAGCCACGGCGUUUCAAAUCGAAAGCCAGGGAGCGGGGUUGUACACGCUCACUGCAGUCCGGGCGCAAGACUCUGCCUUCGGCGUCAGCGACCCGGGCCACCUUUGCGGAACAAACAGCAACUCGAGCAUUGGAUGCCCGGCUUUCGUGUCCACCAAGGAGGAGGCGGCCGGCUUCAACGCGCAAUUUGUUAUCGAGGUGCUAGGGCCCGGCCAAACUUUCGGGCGUGUCCAAAACACGAGACUUUACGUGGGCGAUGUCAUGCGUGCUGGCGGCCCUCCGUUGGUGAUGGAAGGGAACAACAACCUCUUUUUCGUCGUGCUACCAGGGGGCGACCUUGUUUUUACGUCGUUGUCCACCGUGUCGUCCGCGACAUUCGCAUCCGGCACAAGCGAUGCGGCAUACCGCGACCGCAUAGUCAUGCACCUGAUGACGGCCGCCGGCGCCUCGGCGCCGGCCGACGCCGUGUUCAGGUUCACGGCUGGCGACGCGAUGCAGACCGAGGACGACGACGAGGACGCUGACCGCUCCGAGGAUUAUUCCGACGACGGGAGGGCGUCCGACUUGUAG